CGUCAAACGGACAAAUUGGGGGGUUGGCGGAGGAGUAGCAGAGUUAUCAACCAGUCCGCCUCGUUUCACUGCAACCGUUGACUAGAUUGGAUCGUUUCGUUUUGCGAAUUCGCCGUCUUUUGAGUGCAAGCAGUAUUGUUUGCGCACGCCCUUCGCAUCACUACGCGCGACAAGCUCUUUGCAGAUUACAUCCCAAAUCUGUCCCCCGUCGGGCCCGUUUGAGCCGGCCAGGAAUCCGACCGCGGACAAUCAUCACGCCUUCUUGAUAGAUUAUCGUGCAGGCAGGCGUUUACAGAAAACAUGCAAGCUAUUAAGUGUGUUGUAGUUGGUGAUGGUGCUGUAGGGAAAACUUGCCUCCUUAUCAGUUACACCACGAAUGCUUUUCCCGGGGAGUAUAUCCCAACUGUAUUUGACAACUACUCAGCAAAUGUAAUGGUGGAUGGAAAGCCCAUUAAUCUCGGUCUAUGGGACACUGCUGGACAAGAGGACUACGACCGACUGCGCCCACUAUCAUACCCGCAAACCGACGUUUUUCUCAUUUGCUUUUCGUUAGUCAGUCCCCCGUCAUUCGAGAAUGUCAGGACAAAGUGGUAUCCUGAGAUAAGCCAUCACGCUCCAAACACCCCUAUCAUUCUCGUGGGUACCAAACUAGACCUUCGUGAGGACAAAGAAACAAUUGAAAAGUUGAGAGAGAAGAGGAUGGCUCCGAUCACUUACCCGCAAGGACUUCAGAUGGCGAAGGAGAUUGGCGCUGUCAAAUAUCUCGAGUGUUCCGCAUUGACCCAGAAGGGCUUGAAAAACGUGUUCGAUGAGGCAAUCCGUGCCGUAUUGUGUCCCGUAGUACCGUCAAAGCGAACCAAGAAGUGCUUGAUUCUGUAGGCUGGGGGAAAGGUUUUCGUAUAGAAGGUGAAUGUAACAUCCCGGACGGGUUUAUGACUCUACAAUGCCAUUGGCUCGCGGCUUUUCCUUUCCCGUUUUCUUUUGAGUCCUCAUUGAGAGGGGAAGCUCGGAAUGGAUAGGCUGGAUUAAAUACAAACUUUCAUUGUAUCCUGCAUGUAGAGUUGCACUUAACAAUGGCCGGACAUGGAAAAACUUUUGCAUCGCACAGUUUGUUACACG